CCUCUGUGGAUUCACCUCUUAGAUAGCCAGAGGCCUUGUGCGAGAGACCCUUGACCAGGUGACUGGGAGCAAAACUUCCUCACAGCACAUCUUGGAGUGGGACAGAGAAAGAGGGAAACCAUAUCCAAUCGGAAAUGUUGGAGAGGCUUCGGAUCCUCAUUCAAAAUAGGAAUGCCACCGUUGGGUCCCCAGAAGAGGGUAAGAGCUGUGGACCAGAAAGGGGCCCUGCGGUGUCUUCAAGUUCCUUACCCAAGUGUGGGCAGAGCACAAGCUUUUGCAGGACACAGACCAUCAUCCAGGAAUCCAAAGGUCAGAGCAAAACACCUUCAAAACUCUGGGGCUUCAGUUUCUGCAGAGCAAACAAGGAAGUUUCCAUCGGAGAUGGGGAGAAGGUACGGGCCCUCUGGGACUGCUGCAAGAACUGUAAAAUUAGCCCCCACAGCUCUAAACCUCCAGAGGGAAAGCCCCCACUCCCGCCGCCGCUGCCACCACCACCCCAGCUGGGUUCCAGACCUAACAGGCUCGAGGCCCAUAGUUGGAUGACUCAUCACUCCGCCACACUGAGCAACAUCACCGCGGAUAGCAGUGCGUUAUCUGACACUGCAGCUUCAACAGUAGACACCCUGGACUCUGCGACUACCUCAAUCCCAUCAAUACAUUCAGGGCAGGACAGCCUAUUGGAUGUGGAAAUCAUCAUGAACAGCAUGCAAUGUGCUCACAGAGGAGAAAAGAUGGCCUUCAACAACAGCGAGGAGAACAUUAGCUUUCUUCGUGCUAUUUCAGCAAGUUGCUUGGAGGCCCGGAAGAGUGGCAAAGACACCUUGGACCUUCCCUACACGAAGGCUGAGCUGGCAGAGGCACUCGUGAUGGUGAUGGAGACACUGCCAGGCCACUCUGUGCCAUCUGGAACCCUGUCAUACUCUAUGGUCACUGCGUAUAACCUUAGUAAAAUAAAGCCUCCACUUGAUUCUGAGCUGGAGUCCUGCAUCUUACGGUUGGCUCUUCAUGGCAUUUUCAGCAUGGAAAUAGAACAAGAAAGUUCUCAUAGUCAGCAGGCUCUGUACAAAUCAUCCUCAGACACAAUGGAAACUAUGCUGAAGGGGCUGCUGUAUGAAGUUCCAACCACAAGCCAUCUCCUGUUUAUAUUAAAGCACAUCAACUUCUGGAUUCAUUCACCAGAUGUACAAGAGAGAGCCCGGGCCAUGAGAUGCAGCACUGUGUUGCUUCAAUAUGCUAUUCAGCUGCCUGAUUUCCAAAAGACAGGUGAACUCCCUGCCUUGGGAUAUCAGGUGGCUCAGUAUGGAAUCUGCAUCACAGAUCCAUUAGAAGAUGUGAACCAUCAGGCCCGGGAAGCCAUCAAGUGCCUUUAUCAGCUGCUGCUUCAUCACAUGGGGCUGAGUCCCAAAGAGGGAGGAGAGCUGUGGUGCCGGCAAUCAGAAGAGACGAAGCUGCAAGCGUAUAUGGAUACCUGCAGGGUGGGUGAGCUGUUCAGGAAGAUCUUCACAGAAGAUCAGAAGAGAACCUUUCUGCAGACAUCUUUGCUCUCCAUGUAUGAUCCAUUAAGGAGACGGAGUGAGGCUGGGGUCCUCCUAGGAUAUUCUCUCCUGGGGAAGGCAGACAGAUUAAUGGGGGAUAAGGCAGAAGACAUGGAAAGAAAUAUAUACGAGCAGCUCUUCAAGCUUCGGACACUCCGGCAGGUGCCAGAAGCACUGCAAAGCAUUAUUCCAAGUAAAGUCGAUAAUGAUGCUUGAUGGUUAAGAACAGCUCAAACACCUGCAACAAUGCUGCUUCAGGCAGGAAGAUCAAGAGAGCAGAAGGCUAGGCUUAGCAGUAUGUUUCCAUCUGGUCUCCGGUUCCUCUUAGGCAAUGCGUCUCUAGAAAGCCCCAAAGGUCCACCAAUAUCACUAAAGAAGCCAGAAAGCAGUUUCUGCCCACAGCUUCUUCUGUGCUGCAUGUCAGCUGAUGCAUCACAUAGACAUCAGUGGCUCCAAUUGCCAAUAGAAGGAAGAAACCAGCUGGGGACGCAGUAUUCCAUUGGGACAAUCAUUCAGAGGGCAGAACCAGAACAUAAAUGUCUUUUUAAAUACCUAUAAUUAAAUGAGAAUAGUGAUUUCCCCAUCUUCUGGUUAAACUGCACUUCUUUCUGUGGAUCGUUUUUCAUGGAUGCUAGCUUGCACUUUGAUGUUUUCUGUGGCCUGACCUGUAUCACUCUCUAAAGCAGCACUCCUGUAAACCAGUGUAAAUGAAGUAAUAUCACUCGCAAUGAGAAGAAGACUGUGUUUGGAUAUAAACACAAAAGAAUGGAUACAUGGAAACAGAAAGGUGGCAAAGAUGAAAUAAAUAAAAGGUAGCAAGUACAUCUGGAAGUGAAUCGGUUAUUCUAGAACAAUUCAGUCACUGUUGUAU